CAGGGAGUAGCCUGACAGGUAGCAGGUUUUGGGGUGUAGCACAAAAAGGUGUAAAAUACAAGUUUAAACCGGUUUCAGGCGCUUUAUUGCUGCCGUGAUAACUGAUUCGAACUACUCCGUGAAUACCGCGAGAGUUUACAAAGUUAGUGGCGGGGGGUUAUGAGAAAGCUGCUUGCAAAUAAUGGAACAAUGAAUGCACUGUGCGCAGGUUUUUUGCUGGAUUUAUUCAUGUGGAUGUUGAUGGCAGCUUCAGACUCGAUGAAGACGUCUUCAGCAGAAAGUGAACGGGGCCUGAGUGAUCGAGCCAGAACCUUUCAUCUCACCCAGUGAGUGUAAAUAGCUGUCAUGUUUGAUUGACGGUCUGACGUGCACAUGUGUGAUGCCCUGGAAGAGGGGAAGAGAUUCAAUGAGAGCGCCCUACAUGAUGGCUCUCCUGUCUCCAAAACCAAAGAUGGAAUGAAUGAGCGGUGCUGGACAGAGGCAACCAUUCAUGAAAGAUGUCACUACUGAGUCCUACGCCAUAGCCUGCUAACCAGAAUUAAACUCAAUGGUUGGCUUGAACUGUCUCGAUAAAGAAACAACUCCCUGAUUGGUGAGGCUCCAGAGCCAGUCAGGAGUGGGAGCCAAUGGGAGAGGAGGAAGGUGGUGGUGGAGGUGGUGGUGUAUGAGGGGGACGACGAGAGAAAAGGCGUCGAGUGUUUAUUAUAAAGGAGAAAAUAUUAAUUCCCCCCUCGCCGUGGGCCGUGACGUCAGUAUAGGAAGUCAUUGUAGAGCAACACUGGAGCGAUUAGCAGCAAAAAGGGGGAGCCUGAUGUGGAGGAGUCAGCCCUAUGUAUAUCUCUCUAUACGACUCAACUUUUAACACUAACUUCAAUAUCCAAACACUAAAAAGCGACGUGGACUACGCAGACCCACACUUUUACGCAUUUUUCCCCUGAAUGUAACACCUUUUGGAGCCGCUUUGUAAAACGUGGAUUUUCUCUCUUGGGUUUUUUGUUUUUAAAUAAUUUUCUUAUUAUAAGUUAAUUUGUUUUGCUGACUUUUCUGGGAGGAGGAGGAGAAGCAUCAUCUCGGCUGUUGUUAUGAAGACUUCUUCACCACUCCUUUCGUAACAUGGAAGGAUCCAGCGGGUCGAGUUUUGGGAUAGACACUAUUUUAUCCGGCGCUUCUAAUAACUCUGGCAACCUCAUGAACGGAGAUUUCCGGCUGCAGGGCGACAGCAGGACGGCGGAUUUCAGGAGCCUGGCAACGCCGUCGCCAUGCUCGGACAUAGACACUGUGGGAACGGGCCCCUCGUCUCCCAUCUCGGUCACCAUGGAGCACAACUCCGCCGCCGAUGCGCAUCUGGUCCAGGACAGCCUUCAGCAGCAUCACCAACACCAUCAUCACAACAACCAGCCGCUGUCGCCCCAGCAGCAGCAGCAGCAGCAGCAGCAGCAGCAGCAGCAGCAGCAGCGUGGUGAGCCGCUGCAGCUCGCAGGUGCCGGCUGCGCACCGAGGAGCGCCACCUCCUCGUUUCUAAUCAAAGACAUUUUGGGUGACAGUAAACCGCUGGCAGCCUGCGCACCUUACAGCACCACCAGUGUAUCCUCACCGCAUCACACGCCAAAACCAGAAAGUGCCACGGCUCCGGACGGCUUCAGGCCCAAGCUGGAACAAGACGAGAACAGAGGCAAGUUGGACAAAAGAGACGACAUUCAGAGUGAAAUGAAAUGUAACGGGACUAAAGAAGAAGGCGACCGGGAGAUCUCCAGUAGCAGAGACAGUCCACCGAUGCGCACGAAAAAGCCUCGCAAAGCACGGACAGCCUUUACCGACCACCAGCUCAACCAGCUGGAGAGGAGCUUCGAGCGACAGAAAUACCUCAGCGUGCAGGACCGCAUGGACCUGGCCGCGGCUCUCAACCUGACGGACACGCAAGUCAAGACCUGGUACCAAAACAGACGGACGAAGUGGAAGAGGCAGACGGCGGUGGGAUUAGAGCUGCUGGCUGAAGCAGGAAACUACUCGGCCUUACAGAGGAUGUUCCCGUCGCCCUAUUUCUACCACCCGAGCCUGCUGGGUACCGUGGACAGCACCACGGCGGCAGCGGCGGCCGCGGCCAUGUACAGCAGCAUGUACCGGACUCCUGCCGCGCCGCAUCCCGGCCUCCAGAGACCUCUAGUCCCGAGGGUGCUCAUCCACGGCCUGGGGCCUGGAGGGCAACCGGCUCUAAACCCGCUGAACCCCCUCAAUAACCCCAUGGUCUCACAGCAUCCACGAUAAAAACACACAAACAGACUCGAAACAAGACGAGAAAAAGACGGUGAACCAGAGAAACCUGGUUGAACACGUGAUGUGAGUAACUGGAUCGGAACCACAUUGCAGGACUUGUUCUCCCCCCUUCCCCCCCCCAGAAAAAGACCCAUUUAAAGACAUUUUACAGAAGUAAAGGAGGUAUUUAAUGUAGGCCCAGAUAGCCUAAAGGCCAGUCCUAUAAAGACUCUCUGUGUCUGUCUGUCAGACCACGAGGACUGCUCCUGUCUGAUUGUUUGUUUGUUUGUCUUUUGUACAAAUACACUUACAUUAGCAAAAUAAACUUAUAAAGUUUAUUAGAUGGAGGAGAAGAACGGAAUGAAUAAAGAAGU